CAAGACAGGCGCCGGGUUUUCCCUGUUUCUCGCGAGAACGAAGGACUUUGGCUUUCAGCUCACAGCGUCUCCGGGGCAACAGCAAUGGCGUCCGCGGUGUCUGAGCGGCUCUUCUCGCUGGAGCUACUAGUAGACUGGGUAUGCCUUGAAGCCGGGCUGCCGCAGCCACCGGUAGUUACGGAAGAGGAGCAAAAGGAGGAGGGAGAAGAAGCAUCGCCUCCGCGGCCCUCGCUCAGCCUGUGCCCCGCGGUGGCCUUCCGCCUGCUGGACUUCCCCACGCUGCUGAUUUACCCUCCCGCCGCCCCCGCCCAGGAAUCUCGGCCUGGCCUGGUUAUCUUCCGUCGCGGCAAGUCCUGUCUCUUCCGCCUGCAGCCCGCCACCCUGCACCGCCUGCUCCUUCGGACCCCGCUUUACACCUUGCUGCUCCAGCUGCCCCCCGGGCACCCGACCCCUGCCCCGCAGCUCCUGGGGGCCUGCAGCAUUUCUCUGGCCGCGGCGGUCCACAAGGUCCUGGGGUCCGCCGCCCCCGGCAGCUCCCAGAGUCAUCGGGGAAGUUUCCCGCUGUGUAACCAAGACGGGGAGCGGAUUGGGGACAUUGCCCUGGGCUACCGCCUGAGUGAUCUGGGAAGCCGCUUAUUGGACCAUCUGGAGCGGCCAGUCGCUUCUACAGGCGGUGGAGUGGAGGGUAUGGAGGUGCAGAAGUCAGUGGAGGUCAGCCCCCAAACCUGGCAGGAAAACCAGCAGCUGCAGCAGCCAGACUCAGAGCCAAGCCCAGGAGAUGCUGAUAAGCCUCUGGUGGAUGUAAAAAUCUCAAGGGCAGGGAAGGAUUUGAAGGGAAGAACUUUCCAUAGCAAGGCUGACUCUGAUUACACGGAUUCUAUGGAAAAUGGCAAAACCAACUCUGUUAUGUGUUCAAAGGGUAGCAGUGAGGAGAGUGUUAGCCCCCCAAAUCAGGAAGGCAAAGAGGUGGAACUUGAAACUAACAUAAUUUGCCCUCCUCCUCUGUAUUACACUCAUUUGAGUCAAGAAAAGACACCCCCUAAACAGGGUAAAAUUACCAUUGAGCCUCAAAUUAAUGCACCUGAGGAAUGGGAUGAUGGUACUUUUCUGAAAGAAAACGUUGUAAAUCCCCCAACACAUACUAAUCCUCCAGAACAUACAAAUUCUGCAACAGGUGAGAGUCGUCCAGUGCUUAUAAAUCCUGCAUCCGUUCAGGAUACAGGAGCAAGUAAUCAAACUACAGACCAUCCUCCAACUGAACAAAAUAGAAUUAAUACUAUAAGGCAACUGCCUUUGUUAAAUGCUUUGUUGGUUGAGUUGUCCUUGUUAUACAACCAACCCAUGGCAAGCCCUACUCAUAUACAUCCUCACUUAGCCUGGUUAUAUAGAACUGAGGAUAAGAAGUCACCAGAAUCUUUGGUGAAAUCCACCUGUGAAUCUAAAAAGGAUAAGCUUUCUGUGGGGGGAAAUGAGAAGUCAGUGAGUCUUCAGUAUAAAAAGAACCAAACUGAAAACCUUAAGAAAGGUAAAUAUUUUGAAAAGAAAGGUGGUGCCCCCCAAAAAAGAGUUUCAAGGGGAAAACUACUUUAUGGCUUAACAAACACACUUAAACUACGUUUAAAACAAACAAAUCCUGAUAUGUUAGUAGAAUAUGAAAAGAGAGAACAGUAUAAAAAAAUGCAAACACAAAUGUUAGGUGCAAAACUCAGAAUUCCAUCAUCCAAAGUUAAGAUACUAAGUUUUGCUGAACUGUAUCAGAAGCCACAUGACCUGCCUAAAGAUAAGUGUUUAGAAUCAGAUGCAUCUUUCGCUGAAAAUAGCAAUACCUCAAAGCAAAUUAGUGUAGUUGUUGAUGACCCUAGCACAACCAAAGAAACUAAACUGAAAUGUGCAACUGAAAAGACAGUUGAUUGUGAUGAAAAUAGAAGCAAUAAUGGUUUUUUGGAAGAAAUUUUGAGUCCUGCAAAUUCUGUUGUCUCAGAAAGGUUUAUUUGUACAAAUACUUUGGAAGGAAAAGUGAAAGUCCAAAGUCCAGGUGUUUUCCAACAGGUUGCAGUAGUUGACAGAAUUGUAGUAGAUAAAGAAAUAGAUGACAAGCAGGUCAAAAUCACUGGUGAGGACAUUCUAACUGCUGAUAUCAAUGAAAAGAAUCCAAGUACAAGCAGUUGCUCUGAAAGCAUCUCAGAACUAAAGUAUUCAGAUGACUUCACCAGUCCUUGCAGUUCUGAAGACACCAGCAGAAUUUUACGAGCUCGUGAUAGCAGUCCAGGCACAGAAAAUCCAAAACACAGUCAACAUACAAGCAAGUCCAGUGAAACAAGAUUGUCCAUAAGGAAAGACAGCAGUGCAAAGAGUUGUAUUCCUAGCCCACCUUUUUCAGCUGGAUCUCCAGUACUCUCACAUAAAAGAUUUCCUGUUUCAAAGACUCAAGAUAAAAGUCUGGAAGAAGCAUCUUCCAGUGAUUUCUCUUCAUCACACUGGACUGAGGAAAAAGAAAACCAGAGAGACCAAAACAGUAUGCAUAAUUCUAAAGUUCUAAAGCAGGAUCGUGACAUCUCUGCUAAACCUAAAACAAGAACAGGUUGCAAGUCGUCAGAAAAAAGCCAGUCACCUCGGACAUCUCAAGUGAGUUCUUACCUGCCUUCUAAUCUGUCGGAACUAGAACUUAAUGUCCUGGAUUGCAGUACUUUAGAUCACUUUGAAGAAGACAGUGAUGACCUUGGUUCACUAAACAUUUCCAAGCAAUGCAAAGAUAUUUGUGAAUUAGUAAUAAACAAACUUCCAGGAUAUACAGUGUAAAAAUAUGUGCUUUUAAAUAACAUUUAAUUUGUUUUAUAAUCUAUGUGUACUGUUAGUGAAACAAUUUUAAUAGCUGUACAUAAUUUUUAGUACAUAAAUGUAUGUGAAUAAUUCUUUUUCAGAAUAUAAGUGUUUGUCAUUCCUUUGGGGUUUAAGUAAGAUUCUGCCACUAAAUCUGACAAGAUUGAUCAUGGGAUGGUCUUAUAAGUAAGAUUUAAGUUGUUCAAUCUUAUAAAAAUAAAAGUAUCUUCCUAAACUGCCCCUAUUAAAGUAUCCUAAAGCUGACUUCAUUCACACCAUUGAAAACAGAAGUCUAGUUAACAAAGAUACCUUCGAAUUUUAAUGGGAAUAAAUCGUUUAAUGGAUAUAGAAGACUUACUGUAUGAGAUGCAGAAAGGUACAAAAGAAUUUAGGGUAUAGCUUCUGCAGUUAUAAGGGGUUAACGUUUUAUUUAGGCAUGAAUUCUUUAGGGAAAUCUUCCAGGAACCAUA